AUGGAGAUGGACGAGGAGAUGGACCCUGCGACGUUGAAUCUGAUUCUUGAGCUGCAGUUUCAAGAUGCCCAGGAUGCUGCUUCUCGACGAGAUCAUGGCCCGAGCUCUUUUUUCAGAGGGCGUCAGCGGCAGCGGCAGCGACGCUCGUUGGAAACCCUCGACAGAGAACUUGCCAUGGAUCUGCAGCAGCACGAGUUUGACGAGUUUGAACAGCGUCGUCGUCGUCGUGCCACUGCUCCAGACAUGCGUCCCAGUACGACGAGGAGGACGCGAACGCGGUACGAGGACACAGGCGGCGACGACUCCGACGACGACCCCGACCUACUGGCAGCGCUUGCUGCCUCUCGCAUGCGUGUAAACAACCACGCCGGCUUUGCCUCCUCCUCAUCCGCUGCCGCGAGGCACGAGGUCGGAGGCGAUGACUCCGACGACGACCCCGACCUACUGGCAGCGCUUGCUGCCUCCGACGACGACCCCGACCUACUGGCAGCGCUUGCUGCCUCUCGUAUCCGCGUCAACAGCAACGCCGGCGCUGCGUCCUCCCGCUCCGCUGUUGCGAGGCACGAUAUCAGAGGCGGUGACGACUCCAACAACGACGAUGACCUACUGGCAGCGCUUGCUGCCUCUCGUAUCAGUGCCCGCAACCACGCAGCGCUUGCUGCCUCUCGCAUCCAUGUCAACAGCCACGCCGGCGCUGCUUCCUCCCGCUCCGCUGUUGCAAGGCACGAUAUCAGAGGCGGUGACGACUCCGACAACGACGAUGACCUACUGGCAGCGCUUGCUGCCUCUCGCAUCAGUGCCCGCAUCCACGCAGCGCUUGCCGCCUCUCGCGUCAGCGCCAGCAACCACGCCGGCCCCUCCUCCUCAUCCGCCGCGGCGCCAGAAUGCGUCUCCUGCAUGGAGGCCAUCCGGCCGCCCUCCUCGGCCAUCCACCUGCCCUGCUCGCACCGCUACUGCGCCGGGUGCAUGACGCGCGUCCUCGGCGCCGCCCUCGACGACGACGGCGAGUCGCGCUUCCCCGCGCGCUGCUGCGCGCAGCCCCUCCCCGUCGCCGAGGACCCGGCGAGCAGCGCCCUGCUCCCCGCGGACCUCGUGGCGCGGUACCGCGCCAGGCAGCGCGAGCACGGCGCGCGCAACCGCACCUACUGCCGGUCGUGCGGCCAGUUCAUCCCGCCCGAGAGCGUGCACGGGAACAGGGCGACGUGCAUCUGGUGCGAGGCGGCGACGUGCGCCUGGUGCAAAGAGGCGUGGCACGGCGAGGGCGAGUGCCCGGCGGACGGGGCGGCGCUGGAGACGCUGCGCAUGGCCGAGGAGAGGGGGUGGAAGCGAUGCCCCGAGUGCAGGACCCUGGUUGAGCUGUCCACGGGCUGUAAUCAUAUGACCUGUCGCUGUGGUGCCGAGUUCUGCUACUCCUGCGGCGAGGAGUGGGGGCCGUGCCGCUGCAGGAUAGUAUUGCCCGACGGGGACCAGCAGCCAUGA